UAGGAGACGCUUGUAGGAUAUUUGACACUCCGAGCAGUCAGGAUCAGCUGUACAGAUGUUUUGUUGUUUGUUUUAAUCCGUAAUCCCGGGGAUUAUUCGAUUUAGCGCGUUAUUCGGAUUAUGACGUAAUAAAGAUAUAUUUUUUUUAUUUUCCCCAAAAACUCGUUUUUUUUGGUCUCUGGCACUGGAGAACCUAUGGGUGGCUCGCGCGCUCCACCGGCAAGAUCAGCCAAGAUUUAUCCAAAUUAUUGGUAUAAUUAUUAAUAAUAUUAAUAUUAAUCAUAAUAUUGUCUUUACACGCGCGUGCACAGGAUCCGAUCAUUGCGGCUUGAUUUGAAUAAUUUAUUCCGCGCAACGAAACAAGGAUCGAAAUAGAGAGAGAGAGAGAAAGAGAGAGAGAGAGAGAAAGAGAGAGAGAGAGGUAGCACAGCCCAAGCACCAGAGGAAGGAAGGAAGAAAGGAAGGAAGAAAGGAAGGAAGGAAGCGAGAACCAAAGGGGGGAAAAAAGCGAGGUUUUUUUUUAAACAGCCUGAAUUUGGAUUUAUUACGUCAUAAAUUCCCCGCGAAAAAAUUAAUUGCGCAACCUUAUUAUUGAGAAAAGGCGCUCGAGAAGGACACAGGACACACUCCUUUGUGAUUUUUCUCCAUUUGGAGAAAUGCAGUGAUUUUUUUCUCUCCUUCCUCCUGCUGCUGCGUUAUUGUUUUUUUUGCAGGCCUGCAUGAUUCACGGCCAUCAUGCGCGCUCAGGUCUGAAUAUUUCCCAAGGAAGAGAAGAUCCGACAGAAGCGCUUCGUCAAGCUGUCAGCUCUUCAGUCGUCACGGAUUUGGGCCGACAAGCUGAACCACCAGGUGGUUGCGCAAAAGACUGAGGUGAAAAGUUAAAGGUCAUUUCAAGAUGAGCGAGCUGGAGCAGCUCCGACAGGAGGCCGAGCAGCUGAAGAACCAGAUACGAGAUGCAAGGAAAGCAUGUGGAGACUCUACACUUACUCAGAUAACAGCAGGACUGGACCCUGUGGGAAGGAUUCAGAUGAGGACAAGGCGCACUCUCAGAGGUCAUUUAGCCAAAAUCUACGCCAUGCACUGGGGCUCCGACUCCAGGCUUCUGGUGAGCGCGUCUCAAGAUGGCAAACUCAUCGUCUGGGACAGUUACACCACUAACAAGAUCCAUGCCAUCCCGCUGCGCUCGUCGUGGGUGAUGACGUGCGCCUACGCUCCGUCUGGAAACUUCGUAGCCUGCGGCGGUCUGGACAACAUCUGUUCCAUCUACAGCCUGAAGACCCGCGAGGGCAACGUGCGCGUCAGCCGAGAGCUCCCUGGACACACGGGUUACCUUUCUUGCUGUCGCUUCAUCGAUGACAAUCAGAUCAUCACAAGUUCAGGAGACACCACCUGCGCUCUAUGGGACAUCGAGACGGGCCAGCAGACCACGCUGUUCUCCGGUCACAGCGGCGACGUGAUGAGUUUGUCUCUGUCCCCUGAUUUGCGCACGUUCAUUUCGGGCGCGUGUGACGCCUCCAUCAAACUGUGGGACGUCAGAGACAGCAUGUGCAGGCAGACGUUUACGGGUCACGAGUCCGACAUCAACGCCGUGUGUUUCUUCCCCAGCGGCAGCGCUUUCGCCACCGGCUCGGAUGACGCCACGUGCCGCCUGUUCGACUUGCGUGCGGACCAGGAGCUCGGCCUUUACUCCCACGACAACAUAAUCUGCGGCAUCACAUCGGUGGCGUUCUCGCGCUCGGGACGCCUGCUGCUCGCCGGCUACGACGACUUCAACUGCAACAUCUGGGACGCCAUGAAAGGAGACCGUGCAGGAGUCCUGGCCGGCCAUGACAAUCGGGUGAGCUGCCUCGGUGUGACCGAUGACGGCAUGGCUGUCUCCACCGGCUCCUGGGACAGCUUCCUCAAGAUCUGGAACUGACAUCACCAUCUCUCUCACACACACAUACACACAUGCAUAUACAUAUACACACACACACAUUACCACACACUGUAUGCCUGUUUUAUUGUAUAUAUAAACACACACACACACACACACACACAACACUCAGACGCAUAUUGUACAUAAUAUAUAAUGCCAACUAGGUAUCUUGAGUUGUUUACUAUGGUAAUUGCUUUGUAUACAUAACCGCACCUGAAUCUGUACACCAGUUACUGUGGAUGCAGGUCACAGGUUUGACCCACUGAAGCUAAACACGAAUGUUCUUUAUCUCUCUCCUACACACACACACACACACACACACACACACACACACACACACACACACACACACAAUGUUGGCAGAGGACUUAAACCACAAUGUAGAAUACCCACAAUCACACUCCUGAGUGACUCAUAAAACACACUCGGAGAGAAAAAGCCGAAUGGUUUGUAUUUAUGUUUAUUGAAACACGCUCUUGGAAAAAGUAAAAGAAAAAAAAAAAGAGAGGAGCGACGACUCUUUUUAGGGCCGUUUGUGGGGUUUUAUGUGCAUUUCCUUUCCAAACUGUUUUUUUUUUGUCUGAAAUGUUGCUAAUUUAGUUACAUGACGGUUAAACCUGGUGAUGUUACGAACACAGUCUUGCUAACGUAGCUAAUCGCUUAAGGGAAGAACAAUAGGGGGUGUGGGGGGGGUGUUGACUAGCUUCAUAAAUUGUAGUCAACAACCGAGGAUCGUAGCCAUUAGCAGUUAUGUCAGCUUCAUACAAAGCAAUGGCAAAAUAUAGUCGUGGGCGGCGAUCAAGGGGUCGAAGCACCAUGCAUUUGUCCGAAUAAAUUAGAUAUCCAUAUCCAUGUGGGGGAAAGUAAGAGCUGAGUCGUUAAGGAUCUAGGUUAUUGGUCAGAAGGUCAUGGGUUCACGCCCCAGCAUCGACCAAGCUGCUACUCUUGGGCCCUUAAGCAAGGCCCUUAACCCUCUUGGGCACUGUAUCUCUGUGCUUUGGGUUACUGAUUGGAAGGUUAUGGGUGUGAUCCCCAGAGUUGCCAAUCUGCCACUCUUGGGCCCUUGAACAAGGCACUUAACCGUCUGGGUUACUUAUCGGAAGGUCAUGGGUUUAAGCACCAGAAUCGCCAAGCUGCCACUGAUGGGGCCUUUAAGCAAAGCCCUUAACCUUCAGGGCUGCUGAAGCUCUGCUCUGAGUUACUGAUUGAAAGGUUAUGGGUUCAAGACCCAGAGUGGCCAAUUUGACACUCUUGGGCCCUUGACCCCUAGAGGGUGCUGAAUCCCUGUGCUCUGGGUUACUGAUUGAAAGGUUAUGGGUUUAAGCCCCAGUAUGACCAAGCUGACACUCUUGGGCUCUUGAGCAAGGCCCUUAUCCCUCAGAGGCUGCCGAAUCUCAGUGUACACAUAUGCGGCUGUAAUGUAUCUAUGACAAGUCUCUCUCUAAUAUGCAUGCAGUCGGUUAUCUGCCACGGUUCCCCCACCGCACCUAUGAUCAGGGCAUCAUGAAGAAGGCUUCUUCCGAGCUCACUGUAAGAUACAGCAUCUUCUAAAUCUGUGAAAAAGUAACAGUCUCCUAUUUGGUGCUUGGACCCCUGAAGUCACCGGGCUAGAAUGUUGCCCAGAACAGGGACAGAAUUAUUUCCCCCUCAAAUAUUGCAAUAUUAUUGUAAUUCAGUAUCGGCACAUGCUUAAUGUAAUACAGAUGUUGUGACAUCGUAUUAAAAAAAAAAAAAAGCACGGAGGAACAGAAGCAUGUGGUUCGAACGACACGAUUUUCCUUCCAGACAGAAAACGUUUGAAAACUAGACGCCUGUUGCAUACACAGUACUUUUGUUUUGUUUAUAUUCUGAUUUUCUAUGCUUAUUUUAUUCAUGUUUUCCCUGCGUGCCUCAGAUAACACUAUAAGGACAAUAAAUAAAAGUUGAAGUGAAAAAGAAAAUCAAUCAAUAAAUACAGAAAUAACA